GGCACCUGUUUGUGAUAUGUACUUAUUUAAAAGUAGGUGAUAAGAUAUUUGAUGUGAGCAUCAUCAUGAAGUCGUUAAGUGUGGCGGUCGUGUUUCUUGGAUUCGUUUGCGCUAUAAGUGCUGAAUCCAAAUAUAAUGCUGAUGUAGAUACACAAUACCAUCUGUUCACUAGACGAAACCCUACAGUGAGCCAGCCCCUACUCAACGGGAAUGCUGAUAUCCUGGUGGCCAGCAACUACGACCCUCGUCUGAGGACCGUAGUAUCCAUACACGGCUGGAAUGGAUUCGCUUUCGACGAUUACAACAGCGUCGUUGCACCUGCAAUCCUGGCAAGCGAUGAUGUGAAUCUUAUCAUUGUUGACUGGCACCAGGGCUCGCUUCUUGGGCUUGACGCACUUCUAGAAUCUGGUCUCAGCGUGGCUCGCUUUAUCAGCUGGCUCAAGUUCUUCACCGGCAGAGCAGCGGAAGACUUCCACUUGGUAGGCUUCAGCCUCGGAGCUCACCACGCAGGCAUCACCGGCAGAAAUGUCGAAGGAGGAGUUAGUUACAUCACUGCCUUAGAUCCUGCGGGUAUUUCGUUUACCAACGACACCCGGAUCCACCCUGACGAUGGCUUGUACACUGAAGCAAUAUUCACUAACGCUGGUGAAUUGGCCCACCUGGGUAACCUGGCCCAGGUUAACUUCUACCCUAAUGGCGGGAGGCACAUGCCAGGGUGUAACUUCGAUCCUUUAUGCAAUCAUUUCAGGGCCUACUUCUACUUCGCGGAGUCCAUAGUGUCGGGCGGGUUCACGGGCACCGAGUGCGAGGACCACCAGCAGGCCGUGGCGGAGAGCUGCGACCUGCCUGCCAGGCUGCAGAUGGGUGCGCGGCUGCCCAACUAUGGGGCCACCGGAACCUAUCACUUGAAAACGAAUGCUGGACCACCAUUUUCAAUCGAUUGAAUAAAGAAAAUAUUUUUUUAAGAAUUUUGUACUAAAUGAAAGCAUUUUUUAAUAACUU